GUGUGUGUAUGACUGAGUGAGAGAGAGAGGGAGAGAGAGAGUUCAUUUCAUACACUCCUCCUUUUUUGGUGUGAGCCGUCAGAGAGAGUGAGAGUUUUUUCUUUACAUAGCAUGCACACACACAGACACACACACUCACUCACACACAGACACAGAUAUGACCAAGACAGCAGCCAUAGCAUCUAAGGACUUCUCCAGUAUGUGGUUGCCAGAUAUCAGGAUGUCAAAGCCAGGAGAGGUGGAGAAAGCGGGGGCUGACUCACCAAUGGAGGGCACAGACUCUGAGCGGAACGGACCUGAAUCAAAUCACCAGUCAAUGAAAGUCAGUCCCUUCCCUCUGUCACCAACCCUGAGCAGCAGCAAGAAUAAGAUGGAGGAGUGUGGUGAGAUGUCCCCGGCCCUUCCUCACUCUCACGGCCCGACCCCCUCACAGACGGCCAUGCAACACACACAGCUCAUGCUGACCGGCUCCCAACUAGCAGGGGACAUCCAGCAGCUGCUGCAGCUCCAGCAGUUGGUGUUGGUUCCCGGCCACUCGCUCCCAUCUCCUGCUCAGUUCCUCCUCCCGCAGGCCCAGCAGGGCCAGCAAGGACUCCUAUCGACACCAAAUCUUAUUACGCUACCUCAGCAAAACCAAGGAAGUCUGCUGUCUGCUCAGAACAGAAUGGGACUCCAAGCACAGCGAGAUAAGAGCAUGGACGUGAGCGGCGGUGGAGGCGUGACCACGAUGCCCUCGGUGACCCCUCACCCCGAGGAGCCCAGUGACCUGGAGGAGCUGGAGCAGUUCGCCCGCACUUUCAAACAGAGACGCAUCAAACUGGGCUUCACACAGGGAGACGUGGGUUUGGCCAUGGGGAAGCUGUACGGCAACGACUUCAGCCAGACGACCAUCUCCCGCUUCGAGGCCCUCAACCUGAGCUUUAAGAACAUGUGCAAGCUGAAGCCGCUGCUGGAGAAGUGGCUCAACGAUGCAGAGACCAUGUCCCUAGACAGCACCCUGCCCAGCCCCAGCUCCCUGUCCUCCUCCUCCAUGGGCUUCGAGGGGAUGCCUGGUCGCCGCAGGAAGAAGAGAACCAGCAUCGAGACGAAUGUACGUGUGGGCCUGGAGCGUGCAUUCAUGACGAACCAGAAGCCUACCUCAGAGGAGAUCCUGAUGAUCGCCGAGCAGCUCACCAUGGAGAAGGAGGUGAUCCGAGUCUGGUUCUGCAACCGCCGGCAGAAAGAGAAGCGCAUCAAUCCCAGCAGUGCCACCCCGCCCCUGCCCAGCCAGCCCCCCACUGCCCCACAAGCGCACAAACAGCCCUGCUACAGCCCUCACAUGAUGUCCAGCCAGCUGUCGCAGGCCGUGACCAGUCUCAGCAGCACAACAGUGACCACCAUGCCCUCCAUCUGCCCCAUGACCUCCAGCCUCACCUCCACCCACCCCUCCAUCAGCUCAAGCCACCUCGCUCUCAGCUGCUCACCCUCCCCGGUGACUCCUCCUCCCCGCAGCACGGCCAGCCCCGCCACCCCCAGCCACAGCACACUCAGCCUGAACACAGGCUUAUGGCGUAUGGGUAAAAAGAACGGUGACGUGUCUAACUACAUCACCGAUUUUGCUGCAAACUUGAGGAACACUGUGAUGGGAGUUAACACAGGGAUGAACCAAGCCCUCCUCGGUAACAAUCCCCUGGCCACUAUCCAAGCCCUAGCAGCCAGUGGUGGUCAGCUGCCUCUUUCCAGUCUUGAGGCUGCCAGUAAGAUAUUGCUUGGGGCCUCUGGGGGCCAGGGAGGCCUCGCCUCCUCCCUCUUCCUCAACCACCCUGCCUUCCUCCACAUGGGCCAGAACCCCGGCGCUGGACUGCUCAGCGCCGCCGUAGCCAAAGCCUCCCAGGCCUCCCCCUUCCUCUCCGCCAGCAGCAUCAGCCCCACACCCUGCUCCCCGUCCCCCUGCUCCAGCCCCGCCUCUUCCUGCUCCUCCAGCGAAAUGGCACACAGCCCGCCCCAUCUGGGCGGCGCUAAGAUCGAGUGACCACACCAAGGGCCAAUCAGAGAGGAGGAGGACAGAGGAAGCGGGAACCUCGCCUUUCACACCAAAGCUAUCUCUUUCUCUCUCUUGCGCUCUUCUUCCAUAAUUAUUUUCUCGAUGGCUCUCGCUCUCUCUCUCUCUCCCAGUCUUUCGAUGCCAAAAAUAUACAGAAUGAAAGAGGAGAGAGGGAGGGAAAGAAGUGAAAGAGGGCAGAAGGGAAAGGGGGAAGAUCGAAACCAAAAAUCUUUAUCUAUCAAAAACAGACGAAAAGGCGGCAACGUGGGACCUUUUUGUCAACAACGCGUGAUAUCGACACGGCACCUCUCCACUCUUUCUCUCCAAAGGAAAACAAACCAAUGACUCUUUCACAAAAGAGACGGAGGAGCCGGCGGAGAUGCAUGUCGACGAGCAUAAACCAAAAAUGACAAAAGAUAACUUUAAUAUGUGACAAAGGAAUGGCGGCAAGGACAAAAAAAACCCGGAGAGGAGGACUGUGCUUACAUUUUUCUUUUUCUAAUUCUUUCGUAUUAUUUCGAAAAGCUGCGGGUCUGAAGGAAGAGGAGUCGGGAGGACAAGUUUAAACCAAAAAUUUACAUGAGGAGGAGGAGGAGGCGGAGGAGGAGGAAUACACAAUGACGAAAAAAAAGUCAACCAUACCAAAAUCCCAAAUACCAAAAAUACGGAGAGAAAAGCUUUAUUCAAAAAGGACAUGUAAAUACUGAAGCUAUCCAGGACCAGGACUCUACUGCUACUGCAACACACACACACAAACACACACACACACACACACACAUCAAGAGUCAACCAUCCUGCCAUCGACUCAUCCUGUCUGUGUCCGAUCAUGUGUCUCUCAUAGGUUUUCAUGCUAGAUUUUCUUCUUUGAAUAACUGUGUAACGUUCGAUUGCCAUUACUGCUGCAUCUUAAUGCGUUUGUAGUCUCUUUACCGACCUCUGGUUCUGAGAGCAUAGAGAAAGCUUUCCUCUUCUUCUUUUUUUAUUUCAAACAUCCCUGACGGACUCUUCUUAUCCGGUAUCCGUAUUUUUUUGACACUGCACAGAAGUACGGUUGGGAUUUGUGUUUUUAAUAAUUUAUUAGUGCCAUUUUUCUUACUCUAUUUAUUGCUGCAGCUUUUUUUUUGGUUCAUGUGUUAGCUUUUGUGGUUUAGAGUCAUCAUCGUCAUUGUCAUCAUCUUCAUGUUUGUGUUUGUACGACGUGCGUUCUGUUCUUACGUGCUACGGAGAAGAUGGAGGUGACAAGACGCUCGUCUCAGUCCUCACCAAGUGCCGGUAGAUCAACAAAGAAUUAGAGUCGGCUCACACUUUGCAGGUUGAUUUCAAGGUGUGGAUGAAUUUGUUAAGACCCUAAACAUGUGGCGUUCUGUGCUCUUAAUCAAACCACUCUUUCCUCACUCUUAAAGAUAACCCAUUAUCAGGCGGGUCCCGGGCUAAAUGAACACGCCCUGGGAACUGCGCACAGCUUCGUUAAAGAGUGGUCGACCAUUUUGAAAGUAUGAAAUAGGGCCGUGAUUGAAGAUUCGAAGUAACAGCCGUUAAGACUGCAGGCUGAAUAAGUCAAUAAAGCCAAGUUUAGUCACA